GAGAUAAGUUCUAUUUAUCCCGCAGCGUCAUCUUAGAAUUAUUGCAAGCUCUGAAGUUGAAGUCGCCUUUGCCAGAUACGAACUUGCUGCUGUUGGUCCAGUUUGUUUGUGCAGAUACUGGAACAAAACUAGCUGAAUCAACAAUCUUGCCCAAACAGAUGAUUGCUUCUGUGCCCGGAUGUGGGACAGCAGCAAUGGAGUGUAUGAGGCAGUAUAUUGGGGAAAUGUUGGAUUUUAUUGCCGAUAUGCACACCUUGACUAAAUUAAAGAGUCACAUGAAGACAUGUUCCCAACCACUCCAUGAAGACACUUUUGGUGGGCAUCUGAAAGUUGGUUUAGCUCAAAUUGCUGCAAUGGAAAUUUCGCGGGGCAACCACAGGGAUAACAAGGCUGUAGUUCGCUACCUACCUUGGCUGUAUCACCCUCCAUCUGCAAUGCAACAGGGGCCCAAAGAAUUCAUUGAAUGUGUAACGCAUAUCCGCUUGCUCUCCUGGCUUCUUUUGGGGUCAUUGACUCACAAUGUCAUCUGUCCAAAUUCCCCUUCGGUCUGUAUGCCCAUUCCGCUGGAUGCCGGCUCUCAUGUUGCUGAUCAUUUAAUUGUGAUCCUGAUUGGGUUUCCAGAGCAAUCCAAGACAUCCGUCUUGCACAUGUGUUCCCUCUUCCACGCCUUCAUCUUUGCCCAGCUGUGGACUGUGUAUUGCGAACAAGCUGCGGUGGCUCCGACGGUUCAAAAUCAAAAUGAAUUCAGCUUCACAGCAAUCCUUACAGCCCUGGAAUUCUGGAGUCGAGUGACACCGAGCAUCCUUCAGCUGAUGGCACAUAACAAGAUGGUAGAGAUGGUGUGUCUCCAUGUGAUCAGCUUAAUGGAGGCAUUACAGGAAUGCAAUUCCACCAUUUUUGUCAAGUUGAUUCCGAUGUGGCUACCAAUGAUUCAGUCAAAUCUAAAACAUUUAUCGGCGGGACUCCAGCUUCGCCUGCAAGCUAUUCAGAACAAUGUGAACCACCAUAGCCUUAGAAUGUUACAGGGGUCCGGCCAGAUGAGCACGAUCACCGCUGUCCUCCGCAAGUGGCUGCAGUGUACCCAGUUCAAAAUGGCUCAAGUGGAAAUCCAGUCAUCCGAAGCAGCGUCUCAGUUCUAUCCUUUAUGAAUGGUGCCGAUUAUGCCGGAAUCUUCAGUUUAGUCUAGCAAUAACAGGGCUCAAGCUAAAAGAGAAAACGCCAUUUUGUAAAAACAAAAAUUAUAUAAGUACUGUAGCUACACUUUUUAGUCUCCUAGAUAUACAGAAAGAAGCGAGCUGGUUAGUGGUCUGACUGUGCCCAGUACCCAUAACCACAAGUCAACCUUUGCUCAGGUGAACAAUGUCCCGUAAAAUUUAGGGGACCUGAUCUCUGAAAAUGAGGAUUUGUUAAGUCUGAUGUAUGUAUACCGAGAUGUAGAAAUAUAUUCAUCUCUGUAUUUUUUUAAACUACUCCCCCUGGUUUUUUUUCAAAAGAAAAUUUCAAACAUGUCUGUAGUCGAAGAUACUAAUGAAAGUCUUGUGUUGCUAUUUUUAAUUACCUACAAAACAAGCAGGGUUUUUAAGAUCCUAUCUAAUGCCUUUUGUUGUCUUAAAGCUCAUACUUGGCAAUGCAAUAGAACUUGUCACUAUGAAACAGUGAUUGUGUAAUGAGGCUUUUGGCAGUUUUUCUUUCCAGAUGCUAGUGAUGACUUGCAAGCGUGGCCAGUGCGAAGGGGUGGGCUAUCCAGCCUUGGUCCUACAGUCAAUGAUGCCAGGAGAGAGAUGUGUGUUUAACUCUUAGAUGGAAGACUUGGGUAGCCAUGUUGGUCCAUAACCAAAUCCAAGAACAAAAGCCAUGUGAUAUCUUUUAUUAAGAUCAAGCUGAAAAACACAACAUUGUGUGUAAAUUGGCUGGUGUGGGUUUUCUGGUGCUGCGCGGGCAUGAUCUGAGAGUUUUUGCCGCUAGCCUUUUGCUUGCAUCUAUGGCCAGCAUCUUCAGAGGCAUAACCCACAACAUCCAGUUGAUUCCAGUAAUGAAAGCCUUCAACAAUACAUUGUGCGUAUCUCUCAAGUUCUCCAGAACCCUUCGUCAGGCUGCAUGUUUUUUUAAAAAAUGGGGGCUCUUUCAGACCUAGAUCUUAAGGCUUCUGGUUGUAUGCUAGAUGGAAUGCUCUGUUGGCCAUGGUCUUUUACUAAAUAAAGGAAGCCAGGUUGGGUUAAUAUUACUUAAUUGUGCCUUCUGAUGUUCUUUUUCUCCAGCCAAAAAGUCCCUCUCUUUGUUCACUAAGACAAAGUAGACAAAGUCACAGGUAACAACAUCAGUGGCUUGUUGUUUUUUUAAAUCCACCCUGGUGAACUUGAAGACUUGAAUGCUGUGUUGUGUUAUUUAAGUUGGUCCUAAUAAAAGGUAUAAUUUGCUUAGAUUUAUUUAGAAAAUGUAUAUAUACUGCCUCUCUAGAGACCUGCAUGAAGUGGCUUAUUUAUAUAUUUAGAAGAGGUAUAGGUAUUACAUGGCUUUUGCCUCUCCAGGUUAAACAUUUAUCUCCCUUUAACUUCCUGGCAGAUCUGGCUUCUAUGGUAAUCUUAGUUGGACACCUACUGAGGCCCACAGCUUGACAGAGGGCCUACCUCCAACUGAAAAGUCUGGGUUAAUAGUCCAAUGGGAAUAGUUUCUGAAGGCUAUGGUGGAAGCAGAGACCAAGAGAACUGUGUCCCGUUGCCACCUCCUCCAAGUACUUCUCCCAAAAUGGCCCAAAGGUGCUUGUAAUGCUGCAGUGUCUCCAUCUUGCUCCUUUUACACCUGCUGCUGUUGAUGGUACUGAAAGGAGGAUGAGAGAGAAGUAACACUCUCUUUCCUUCCAGUGUAGCUACAACUGGGGGCAAGGAAAGGAGCUGUGACUAAGGGUGGCUGCAAAUCAGCAAGGGAAUAGGACCAAUAUUGCAAAGGGAGGCAGACACGAGUGGGAAAGAAAAAUGGGAGAUACAAAGGAGGACACCCUGUGCCCACCCAACAUCGCAUGUGAGCCGGUGCCUCUCAGCAGAUUCCUUGUGGGAUGUGAUGUGGGAAGAGGCAGUAGAACGAUUGGACUUCUGUGGUCUUGUAGGAAACCAGAGAUGCCUGGGCCUAGCUGUGCUUACAGGAAGCAUUCUUACAAAGUGCACUUAGAAACUGAGUAGUUUAAACUUGUGUCACUUCACUUGUCUUUUGGGUUUAAAGAACUGUUGAGUCAAGUAUCUUAACUUUGUUUUGCAGCCUCUUUUCCUGCAAUCCUCAAGCUACUUAUAAGUUAGGUGUGACAAUGAUAUCUACGUGAAUUCAUGCAAGUGUCCAUUCUCUGGUGUGAACGCAUCACGCAUGCUGUGGACUCCUAUUUUGGAGUGCAUGCACAAGGGGGACUAAAGAACCUCUCCUUUCCCACCUCACUAAGCUGCACUCUGUUGUUUGAGGCAACAGUCCCACUUCCACCUUCCACUGUUCCAGCCAACGUGGGAAGUCAUAUGCAUGAUUGAUGUACUUUCUACAUCUUUCUCCAACAAGCUUUGCUGUUGUUUGAGAAGCAAGUAUGAGAAAUAGAGCACAGUGAGGUCAGGUGACCAAGGGAGGAUCUUUAGCCCCGCCCAUACCAUGUGCUCCCUUUUGUGUAAAAGAAUAGAUACCUCCCCCCGCCCCCAGUUUUACAUGGCAGUUGAUGCAUACCUUAAUGAAUACAUAUUCUCCCCAUCACAUCUAGUUUGGCCCUUGGUAUUCCUAUGUAUAAUAUUUGUAUAGAAUUCUAUAUUUUAUUCAUUCUUAUAUGCUGUAAGAUUUAAAUUGUCCCAUUGCUGAUGUCUCCAGGGAGAAUACGAACAUAGAGCUUUUCCUGGGGCUCGGUGGGAUUGUAGAUUUGCAUAUAGUACAUAGAAGUUAUAGAAAUGCUGCAUAGUACACUAUAUGAAAUAUUUUUAAAAAGUAAACUUUAAUAGCAUUGAGAAGAGCCGAUCCACCAAGAUGUAUAGAAAAAAACAUACCUCCCGUUGCUUUGCAAUGGGCUUGGGAUCAGGGUCUAAGAACAGCAGAACUGUUCCUGUAAUUAAAACUUAACUUUUUUCUGCAUAUACAACUGAGAUGCACUUGCAUUUGUUGCUGUGAUCUGCUGAAUCAAAGAAUUAAUCAAUAUUUCAUCUUUUUAUUAAGAUGCUAUAAAACACAUAACUCUUAAUGCCACUGUUAAUAAUGUUUAUGAAUAUUUUUCCUUCCAAUAAACUCACUAGCAUACGA